UCAAAACACACCCCCACUCCAUAAGCCGCCGCCGCACAAUUUUCUUUUCCAACUCCUCUUCUCUUGAGAAGUGUCGAAGCCCUAAUAACGAAUCGCCUCUCCGACUGCUAGGGUUUUAACUCAGCCCCUGGAAUCCGAGGAAGAAACGUAGGCGAGGCAUUGCUGAAGAUGUAUCUCCAAUUUUACAUCAACGAAAAUGGUGACAAGGUUUACACCACGAAGAAGGAGUCACCUCUUGGUUUGCCUACUCAAUCUGCCCACCCGGCGCGCUUUUCUCCUGAUGAUAAAUUCUCUAGGCAACGAGUUCUCCUGAAGAAGCGAUUCGGAUUGCUGCCAACUCAACAAUCACCUCUCAAGUAUUAAACAUUGUUCGGCACGUCAAUUCUGAAGUCGCUGUUUAGAAUUACGUCAUCUCAGGCUAUCAGUUCUGUCGGAAAUCUUGAUCUUGAACUUGAUAAGAUGAUAUAAAUGUUACUCUUUGGGAUGUUUUGAUUCAGUUUGUACUAUACAAUUUUCUUUGCCUGAAACUGAAAAACAUUACCUUAAAUAUGAAAAAACCUUGAGGGUC